GCGGUUAUGGGGCCUCGGCUCAGCUGACUUCAGGAGGCGGGCCGGGAGGGUCCGUGGGGUGCCCGUAGGUUCCCGAGGACCCAGCCGCCUCUCCCUGCUGCGCGGGUGCCCGGGAUGGUGCCCGGGCCGCAGGCGAGCUGCCAAUGCCUCCUCUCGCUGCUGCUGCUGCUGGCGGCGGCGGCGGCGGCGGCCUGGCCCGGGCAGAGCGGGCCGAGGUCCGCCAGUUUCAGCUUGGCCGGCAGCUGGCUUCUCCGGAGCCAACACGGCUCCGUAGCGCUGCCGGGGCAGGUCCCGGGUUGCGUGCACAGCGCCUUGUUCCAGCGCGGCCUGAUCCAGGACCCUUACUAUAGAUUUAAUGACCUGAAUUAUAGUUGGAUUUCCUUGGAAAACUGGACCUAUAGCAAAGAAUUUAGGAUUCCCUUUGACUUCAGAAAGUUGCAGAAAGUAAAUUUGAUUUUUGAGGGAGUUGAUACAGUCGCAGAGGUUCUCCUCAAUAAUGUCACUGUUGGGAAAACAGACAACAUGUUCAAUAGAUACACCUUUGAUAUUACCAAGGAAGUCAGAGAGCUCAACAUCAUCAAGCUUCAUUUCCAAUCAGCAAUUUCAUAUGCUGCUCAGCAAAGCAAGGCUCAUAUAGGGUACCCAAUACCACCUGAGUGCCCUGAACCUGUCCAGAAAGGAGUGUGCCAUGUUAACUUUAUUCGAAAGGAACAGUGUUCAUUUAGCUGGGACUGGGGUCCUUCCUUUCCUACUCAAGGAAUAUGGAAAGAUGUUAGAAUUGUGGCCUAUGAUAUUUGCCAUUUGGAUGACUUUACUUUUACUCCUACUUAUGUGAGCAGUGCCGGAGAGUGGAAUCUUAAAAUAGAGGCUUAUUUUGAUGUAGUUGGCUCAAAACCAUUUGGUGGCCAAGUAACAGUGAGCAUUCCAGGUUUGCAGACCCACCAGAUAUAUAACAUUGAACUUCAUCCUGGGAAAAGCAUGAUCCCCUUGCUUCUGAACAUUAACAAGAACACUUCAGUGGAGACAUGGUGGCCUAAUGGACAUGGAAAUCAAACUGGGUACAAUAUGACAGUAACUUUUAAACUGGAAGGAGGCUAUCAUAUUGAAAAAUUAACUAAGGUUUAUUUCCGGACAGUAGAACUUGUAGAGGCUCCAAUAGCUGGCUCCUCCGGCUUAAGUUUCUACUUCAAAAUUAAUGGACUUCCCAUAUUUCUCAAAGGCUCUAACUGGAUUCCAGCAGACUCCUUUCAGGAUAGAGUAACCUCGGACUUAUUACGACUUCUUUUGCGAUCUGCUGUGGAUGCUAACAUGAAUACUCUACGAGUUUGGGGAGGGGGUAUUUAUGAGCAAGAUGAAUUCUAUGAAAUCUGUGAUGAACUGGGACUAAUGAUAUGGCAGGACUUUAUGUUUGCCUGUGCUCUUUAUCCUACUGACCAGGCCUUCAUUGACUCAGUGAGAGCAGAAGUUGUUCAUCAGAUCAGAAGAUUGAAAUCUCACCCAUCCGUCAUCGUAUGGAGUGGUAACAAUGAAAAUGAAGUUGCUUUGGCACAGAACUGGUUUUCUGUGCCAUCCAGUAAAUUCCAAAUCUAUGUCAGAGACUAUGUGACAUUGUAUGUGAAAAAUAUCAGAGAAAUUGUCCUGGCGGAGGACCAGACUCGUCCUUAUAUCGCAUCCAGCCCUACAAAUGGAGCAGAAUCCAUAGCAGAAGGCUGGGUUUCCCGUGAACCCUAUGACACCCAUUUUGGUGAUGUACAUUUUUAUGACUAUGAAAGUGACUGCUGGAACUGGAAGGUGUUUCCUAAAGCUCGAUUUGUUUCUGAAUAUGGCUAUCAAUCCUGGCCCUCCUUCAGUACGUUGGAAAAGGUGUCCUCUGCUGAAGAUUGGUCUUACAAUAGCAGUUUUUCAUUGCAUCGACAGCAUCAUAGAAAUGGCAAUACUGAGAUGCUUGACCAGGCUGCUAUUCAUUUCAAGCUUCCUCAAAACUCAGAUCCAUUGGUAAUGUUCAAAGACACACUCUACCUUACACAGGUGAUGCAGGCCCAGUGCAUAAAGACAGAAACAGAGUUUUACCGACGAAGCCGGAGUGAAAUAGUACAUGAUCAGGGCCACACCAUGGGGGCCCUUUAUUGGCAGCUUAAUGACAUCUGGCAGGCUCCGUCCUGGGCUUCGCUAGAGUAUGGAGGCAAAUGGAAAAUGCUUCAUUACUUUGCUCAGCAUUUCUUCUCCCCACUGUUGCCAAUUGGCUUUGAAGAUGACGGUGUAUUUUAUAUUUACGGUGUCUCAGACCUCCACUUGGACUACAAGAUGGUGCUUACUGUGAGAGUACACCAGUGGAGCUCUCUGGAGCCUGUGUGCUCUCGUAGGACUGAAUACUUGGUGGUGGAGGCAGGACAGGCAGCCCCCCUCUACAAGGAGCCGGUGGCAGAACUGCUGAAGAGGUGUGGCCAGUGCACAAGACAGAGCUGCGUCAUCUCCUUUGACCUGACAGCUGGUGGUGAGCUCUCGAGCCCCACUAACUACCACUUCCUGUCCUCCCUGAAGGAUGCUGUGGGGCUGGAGAAGGCACAAAUCACUGCCAAGAUAACCCAGCAAGGGAAUAUGUACAGUUUUGAACUCAGAACCACAGCUGUUGCUCCUUUUGUCUGGCUGGAUGUAGGAAGUAUACCGGGAAGAUUUAGCGACAAUGGUUUCCUCUUGACAGAGGAGAGAAAAACAGUACUAUUCUACCCUUGGAAGUCCACCAACAUUACUGAACUUGAAAAAUCUCUUCAUUUGAUUUCACUGGCAGACAUUUACUGAAGAAAUCCCAGUUUUUUUCAGUGAUCAUACAAAAAAUCAAAACCAAAAAUCACAGGAUUAUAUGUGCUCUGGAAAAAACUUUUGAAAACUGCAACCCCCAUUUAUAUUGAAGGCACUGGAGAACAUAGGAAUAAAUGGACCUUUCCUUAAUAUGAUUGUGGUAAGAGUAAUACUUCCUAGGACCCUAUCCUAUAUAGACUGGGCUAUUUUUUUCCUAGAGCCCUACCCCAUGCAGGCAUUGAAAAUGAUCUUUGCUUACCUAGCAUUUGGAACAGAAACUUUAGAUGUAAAUAGAGUUUCAUGGGUACAAAUGAGCCAGGUUCAGGAAGUUAUAGCUGUUCACCUGGGUGGGGUCUCUGAUUGAGAACCAUCAUGAAUAAUGCAGAAGCUGGAAAGUUGGGCUCAGCUGAAUCAGUGAGGGAGAUGAAACUGUCUACCCAGCCCCUGAAUAUGAUGGGAGAGAAAUCUCUUAGAGGACUCUAAAGACAGAGAUUUUGGGGUUGGAGAUUCGUGGUCUAUGAGCUAGGAAACACUAGGUGAUAGUAUAGGAUGUUUUCGGUAUCAGCCCUUUCAGUGGGCCUGGCUGCGCUGGAGAAAG